GGAAGCCUCCUUUGCCUUUCUCCAGGAAUCAUGAACUUUCUGCUCGCUUGGCUCCACUGGGGGUUGGCGGCGCUGCUUUAUUGCCACAACGCCAAGCUAUCGCAGGCAGCUCCUACCGAGGGGGAUGGGGAGAGGCAUCACAGUGAAGUUAUCCAAUUUGAGGAAGUCUACAGUCGCAGUUACUGCAGGUCAAUUGAGACCAUGGUGGAUAUUUUCCAGGAAUACCCCGACGAGGUGGAGUACAUCUUCAAGCCAUCCUGUGUGCCCCUGAUGAGAUGUGCGGGGUGCUGCAAUGAUGAAGCGCUGGAGUGUGUACCCUUAGAGGUGCAUAAUGUCACCAUGGAGGUUAUGAGACUUAAACCCUUUCAGAGUCAGCACAUAAACCUGAUGAGCUUCCAACACCACAGUAAAUGUGGCUGCAGACCAAAGAAAGAAACAAGAAAAAAACAAGAAAGAAAAUCAAAGCGAGGAAGGGGGAAGGGUCAAAAGAGAAAGCGCAAGAGAGGCCGGUAUAAACCACAAAACUUUCACUGUGAGCCUUGCUCAGAAAGGAGAAAGCACUUGUUUGUACAAGAUCCCCAGACCUGUAAAUGUUCCUGCAAAUUCACAGACUCACGUUGCAAGUCGAGGCAGCUUGAGUUAAACGAACGCACUUGCAGAUGUGAAAAACCAAGACGGUGAGCAGCAGAGAAGAAAGGGGCAGGGGAGGGUGGACAGCCUUGGUUCUGGAGCCUGAAUUCUCACCUGGUCAAAAACACUAUCCAAAUGGACACUAAAAUGAAGGAUCAGUAGAGCACAGCACUUUUGAGUACAGACGAUGGACUCAGGAAGGAACAUUCCCUGAAGACCCGCACAGGAUUCACCUUUUGGUUUCGAACUACUUUGUUAUACAAACUUUCCUUCUCAUGCUGCUAAAUAAUAGAGCCAGGGAGACUAGAAGGGUAUAUGUUUUGGGACACCCAUAUUUACAUGAAUAAUAUAUAUGUGUGUGUGUAUAUAUAGAUAUACAUAUAUAUUCUGACUCUUUUAAAUCCUUGCUAACAUUAUUGAUGUCUUCACUGGAUAUACUCAACUGCUGUGGACACGAGUGGGCUACCUGGGGCGUAAGAGCGACUAGGACUGGACUUCAGCCAGAGCGCUGCCUGUCUUCGUCAUCCCUUGCUGAUUUUUCUAGAACAUACUGCUCCACCAGUGUCAUUCCCUUUAGUUCUGUAAGGGGAGACAUUUGUACCAGAGAGGAGGAAGCAGGGGAUUCCAGAGAUGGCACCUUGGAAUGUUAUGGGUCAAAGGUCAAGGAAGUGACUCAAGAAGCUGGGACCGAGGACUCCGCCGGCUCCCAUCCCCCU